AUUCCGACCAUAUCCAACGUCCGGAGGCUUCCAAGACGAUGGAGCUAAAGUCGUCCGCGGAUGCGACGGACUUUGUGCUCAACUUUGUCGGCGGCCCCAUCAAGUUCCGCGCCGAAGAAGGCGUCUUGUUUGCAAAAUUGUUUCACAUUGUGGACAUCGACGGCGAUGGAUUUGUUGGCGGGACCGAGGGUGCUGCAUUCAUUCGCCGCGCUGCGCUACCCAACGAUGCCAAUCGAGAGGUAUGGCGGUUGGCGAGUGGCGGUAAGUCACAGGAUCGGCUCGGCAAGGAUUGCUGGUUCGUCGCAAUGAAACUCGUCGCGCUCGUUCAAAGCACGGGCAAAUGCAAGAUGCAAUAUCUCUACGAAGUGAAUCCCAUGAACACCCUCCCGCUCCCCGACUUUCACUUGGAAGGGCCACCGGACAACGUGAUUCCAAACGACAUCGAUGCCGCCGCGCUAUCCAUGCAGGAGAAGCAAUUCAAGGUAGCUGUGAGCAGUCCGAUUGUUGUCGGCAGCAGCUACAACCGGUUCACGCAAUAUGUUGUGUCAACAACGGCCAAUAGCCCGUCGUUCCCUGUCAAGUUCUGUCAAGUUCGCCGUCGAUUCAGCGACUUCGAAUGGCUGCACCAGCGACUGACGGACCGCUUCCGUGGCACUAUCAUUCCUCCGAUACCUGAGAAACGAUGGACGGGCAACAUGGACGCGACGUUUGUCGAAGAGAGGCGGCAAGGCCUCGAGCAUUUUAUUAACGAAGUGUGCAAUCAUGACAAGUUGUCCAUUGCGUUCGAGGUGCAAAUCAUUCUCACCGCCAACAACGAAGGCCUCGUGGCCGGCAGAGAACUUCUGGCGAUUGCCCCCGCCGUCGCUGCGUACGUCCCAAAGGCGUCGACGAUGUCGGGCUUGUGGAGUUCGAUGAAGGACUCGCUCUUUGUCAGCUCGGUGCAGCAGGUGGUGGAGAUCAAGACGGACGAAGAUUACACAAAAAUCGGAGAGCACAUUGACGAGUAUCGCAGUCGCAUCGAAGAACUCGUGCGCUGUUCGGACGUGGUGUACACUGCAGGACGAUCCCAGGGGUACGAAAUGUCUCGGUGCGGCACAUUUUUGUCGGCGCUGGCCGUCCACGAAAGAGAAGACCAGCCGAUGAGUCACUUGGUCGGCAACGCGGGUGAAGUAUUUGAGGCCGUCUCCAACUUGUACCAGGACGAGCUCGACAAGCUCCUGGCGCUGUAUGUGUCCAACAUUCGGUACCUGGCUGGCAAAGUCGGCGCGGUCAAGACAGUGCUAACGAAUCGAGAGCAAGCGAUCCAGGAAGUCCAUCAAGCGAGUGCGACGAUGCAUCGAAAUAAGGAACGGUUCGCGGCAGCGCGUGCGAGCAGCGGUGCUGCCGCGUCGGCCAUGAUUGCUGAGCAAAAGAUGGUGUCGGCGGAAGACCGCAUGAACUUGGCCAAAGAACAAGUCGACUUUAUCGCGACCAGUUUGAAAGUGGAAGCCAAGAGACUGUACUUGGGUAAAACCGAAGAGCUCAAGCAAUCCCUGCUGGCACUGGCGACCACCAACAGCGAGUACCAUGCCAGGGCGCGAGAGGCAUGGAAUGGGUUGGUCGCGUUGAUGGAUGUGACAAGUGAAGAAAUUGACCACAGCCUCGAUCGCGUGCGUCGUCCCGUAUCAUAUCGAAAACCUGGCGACAAACCCGCCGACCAGAUGAGUUCCAGUGCGUUAACGUACGGAAUUAUGAGUUAACUUCCCACUCUUCCAAA